AUGAUACGCAAAAGGGUACUUGGUGUCGGUGCAUCAUCUGCCACCAUGCUUGUGCAGGACACGGAAGCAAAUGGUGUGUUGCGUGUGCUAAAGCGAAUUAAUGUGUCGUCGUGGAAUGCGGCGGAUGUGACGGAAACGCUCGAGAUGUACAAGACAAUUGCGAGGGCGAAAAUUUUAUCCAUGGCGGAGGUGCACAUGACGAUGCUGCAGGGAUAUUUUUUGAGCCUUGUCAUCACGUACUACGCGGGAGGUGACCUUGAGAGUUAUUUAGAGGAUGGGUCCGGAAGCUCGUUUGAGGAGUCCAAGGUGGUGCGGUGGCUGUUAGUCAUGGCGAGGGUUGUGGAGCAGGUCCAGGGUCUCACGGGGGGCUAUUUUUAUGGUCUUUCACCCGAUCGCGUCUUUUUUGCGGAUGGCGAGCCGGGGAUCUGCGUGGGGCUGCCGAUGCCACGUUAUUUGUACUUCAAAUGGCUGAUGGAUCGCGAGGCUCUUGGUGUGGCGGUGGAGCGUGAGUACCCGCCGGAGGUGGUGAAUGAGCGGAAGUACAAGCCAAUGGUGAGCGAUGUGUGGCACCUCGGCCUUCUUGGAAUGAAGAUGCUGAGUGCGCACACAAGUUACUCCUCCCGAUCCUCAGAGAUCCGCUCCAUUAUUUCUGCCAUGGUGGAGCAGAGUGUCGAGUACCGCCUCACCAUCGCCGGGGUGGUGCGGAGGCUGACGGAAAUCGUCGAUGGGCAAAACGCGCCAAGGCCGUUUGCGACGCAACGGAGCCCAACCCAAUCUCUGGGCCCUGAAAAGCUGACGUCGUACGGCGCAGGGCUCUACGCCACAGCACCCUCAACAGAAGGCUCCACUGGAGAUGAGAACAAUGGAAGCAACGGUAACAGCAUCAAUUGUAACAUCCCCGCAAAAAAUGAAGUUGCCCCUGCACUGAACACAUCGCAACGUGUGUCACGGAUGAGAUUGCAGGAGAGCUGGCACCGCCGCGCAAUGGAGCAGUUUGAGGAGCUACAGCGGCUAAAUGCGAGCUCUCCUGUUGGUAGAUCCAGAGGUUGCUCACCAACAGCGCGGUCGAGACGAUCGCGGUCAGCAGGAGUGGGGCUGUCGCAAUCAACGAGCGCAAUGGAUAUGGCUUCAACAGCCCCAUCUCCGCAAGAUAUACGGACAUCCGGUCAAUUUCAGGCACGAAGCCCGAGGAGCUUCUCCGCCAAAGUGACAAAGGGGCGGACAAAUCCCACAAGUGUAGUCCAAAAUGCGCUCAAGCAACAUAUGGAGGAGCAGCGACGACGGGAUGCAAUUUGGCAAGGUCAAGAGACAAGACGAUUGAGGAAGCAAGAAAAGGAGCGAGCGUUGCAAAAUUUUCACCAGAACCAUGUAGAAAAGUUAAGGAAAAUCCGAUCCAAACGAGAUGAAGAAACGAAAAAUGAAAUCCGCAUGCACAUUAAGCAGUGGAGGGACCAACCUAGGGUUUUGGCCGAUGAGAAUGUCAUUGUGAACAGAGAGGGCGACGUCUCCGUCUUUGUUCCGAAGAACGGCCGACCGCCACCAGCGGCAGCCACUACAGCACCACCACCACCCAUGUCAUCAGUAGGAACUUUAGGGAAAAAAGACAGGGAGAAGGACCCUUUGGCAGUAAGAGCAGGGGAAUCGAAAGAAGUAAAAGGGGUGGAGGGAAUAUCUGUCUUUGCAUUGCCGCAUCGAGCAACAAGUGUCCCAGUUGGCUCAAGGACGACACCUCCUAGCGUGGGUCCCCCACGUUUUGCUGCCCUUUACCGUGAAUCUGGCGUCAGCCCACGUGUUCCCCAGACGCGCGCCAAGGUGGUUUCCACACCGCCUCCGGUGGGCACCAUUAGGGGGACAAAAGGGAUUCUUUCCAUCUCGUCCCCAAGAUCGGCCAAUGGGAGGUCUUUAAGCUUUUUCGCGGGGGUUGAGGCCAUUGAGAUGCCUCCACCGCUACUGGACCCGGAGAGCAUUUUGGAUACAUCCGUAGCACGAGAAACCGAGGAGGUUGAUCCAUUUUCCUUGUCGAACAGUGGACCCCGCGAUGAGAAAAGUCUUUUUUUUUCGCUCAACGGUUCCAUCAAGGCCCUUAAUGAAUCACUUAGCAGUUUACUGGCAAACCAUCACAAGCACCGGGAAGUCAUUGUUGCCAUGGACAAAUUUUUGAUGCGGUCUGAAGCCGAACGUUGCAAUCCACGCCUCAAUGCUGUUUUUAUGAGUACCCUCCGUGGGAUUUUGAAUGACGAGCAACUUUUUCUUGCUGCGGCACCGUUAUUUGUACAGUUGAUGGCAUUGCGGGGCCUAUUAAAAAAAAACAGUCUUGCAAAGAAGAGAGAUUUGAAAAUGGAAUAA